AACGUUUUAAUAUGACUUCGUUUAUUGGCAAAAAAAAAGUUAUCAGUCAAUUCCAUAUUCUUCGAUGGUUAUUUUUUGUAGAGUUGUUAUCUGCAAUGGAGUGGGGGAAAAACUGUGAGAUCCAGAAAAUGGUGCCCCCUUCACUGCACUGGUGGGAUGGAAGUAAAUGAAGUCGGCAUUCCCUAAUAAAUCAGCGCACCAACCGCUGUACGCUAGCGUGAGAGGCUGAGUGGAGCGCUGGUGCCGGCGGUGCGUGCCCUGGUGCACCGCAUCACACUCGACCACGUCCACGCAUCAUGGCCCGCCGCCCGCCGCUAGUGCCACACUUUCACUAGCCACCCGCACCCGCAGCUCUUGGCCUCUUGCCGCCGCACCAUGCCUGCGCAUCCGACUCCUGCUGCGCACUGACCCGCCCCGCCCCGCCCAGCUAGAGGACGACAGCGCCGCCAUGCGCCCGCCGCGCAGACGGCCGUCGCCUGCUCCUUCGGCCGCCUCGCCUUCGGGCGCCAUCAGCUCGCCACCUUCUCCCUACGCGGCAUUCGCGCCGCUGGGACCAGGUCCGGCGCCCGAGCCGUCUGCCGCGGCGGCGGCGGCGUCGUUCGCGGGCAGCAGGCGUCGCGGAGGCGCCGGAUCGAGCCUGAGCCCGCCGCUCAUCGCGAUGCUGGCGGUGGUGGGCGCGGCGCUGCUGGUGGUGCUGUACGCGCGGCUUGUGAGCCGCGUGCUCCGCGCGGCGCGGCGUCGGUGGCGGCGCCGCCGCCUGCGGCUGCUGCUGAUCCCGGGCUCCCCCUCGGCGCGCCGCAGCGGGGACGACUCCUUCGCGUCCUUCACCACCUACGACAACUACUACCACACCUUCUCACCCUACUACGGCCUGGACGACGCCGUCAUCAAGUCGCUGCCGUCGGCGCAGUACCUGGCCGGCGCCGGCGCGUCGUCGCGGGGCUCCGGCGCGUCGUCGCGGGGCUCCGGCGCGUCCAGGGAGUGCGCGGUGUGCCUGCUGGAGUUCGCGGACGGCGACGAGCUGCGCACGCUGCCGCACUGCGCGCACGCGUUCCACGCCGACUGCAUCGACGUGUGGCUCCGCGCGCACGCGUCCUGCCCACUCUGCCGCGCCGCCGUGGCGCUGCCGCCGCCCGUGCCAUCGCCGCCGCAAAGGGCGGCGCGGCGGACGCGACCCAGCCUGGACGACCUGCUCUUCUUCCACCCGGUACCGCAGCCGCUGACGGCGGCGGCGGAGAUCGCGCCGGCCAGCCCGGACCAGCAGCUCGCGGCCGGCGCCAGGGAUUUCCUGCUCAAGCGCUCCUACUCAUUGGGCUUCGAGCGCAGCCUCGCCUUGGAGGCGGCGUCCACGGCGUCCCCUCCGUGGCGCUACCGCGUGUCCGCCGCAGCCGACGGCGCGGCCUCCCGCGGUCGCGGCUUCUGGAGCAAGCGCUGGCCAUCCCCGUUCGGCGGCGGCGGCGGCGGGGGCGCGGGCGGAUCCGCGGCCGCCCGCGUCUUCUCCUUCCGGUCGUACUACCGCGGCGCGGCGUGCAAGCCGUCCCCGUUCUCGCGCCGGUGCCGCGGCGGGAGCGGCUUUUUCAUGUCGCUGGCGUCGGAGCCCCCGGCGAUGCGGAGCCGCGCGGCCGCCGCUUCGAGCCGGCUCCGGUGCGGGGACCCUGAGGCGCUGCUCUCGCCGGACCGGCUGAGCCGCUGAGGCAGACGGGGCCGGGAUCGGCGGCGGUGAGCGGAUCUCGGUCUCCGGCCCGCUCCGGGCUCCAGGCUGCGGUCCUCCCCUCGACCGUCGUGGUGGGUGGGCCUGGCGCCUGCGUGGAGACGGGGGGCUGGCAGUAAUGGCGCGAUUAAUGCGAGGCCCUGCCGCGGUUUUAAUGGCGGGAGGACGUGUGCCCAGACCGCGUGGUGUCGCACUGUCGCUUCUGCUUCCUGCAGCCAGCUAGCAGAGCAGCUCAGGGCCCCUCACUCCCACUGGCCACUUCGCUUUGGCUCGGCUCGGCUCGGCUCCGUGUCAUCACCUUUUCAAAUCUUCCUCGCUUCCGUCCGCACCGCUGUCACUUUUUCAAAUCUCCUCGUCGUCGCCCGGCUUGACCAAGGGCAGUGCAGGCGUGUAGGGCUGGCGGCGCACAAGGAUGUCUGGGCCGUCCGAUCAGAAAACGACGGCAUCCCGGUGGAGCCUUUGUUUUCUCGCCGGACGGCUCGUAGUCAUAGGCGGGAACGGGUCAUGCUUCAACCGUUCGGGUUGUCUCUUGAUUUCGACUCUAUUUCCACGGUGCUAAGUACUAUAUUGUAAUAAUAUUAUUAUACGAACUUGUUUUUUGUAAGUUAUAAAACGCAAAGGGAGGAUUCCGGCUCGGUUGGAUUUUGCUGUU